AUGGAUAUAAAGUUUGUGACUGAAUCUGUGUAUCUUGGUGGAGAAGUCAACAUCUCCUGUCUGAUCCCAGAGCAACAUAAAGUUCAUUUCUGCAAAGAGCUUGAUGAUCACAUCUGCCAAACCAUCAUCUCAUCUAAAGUGACAGAAAUGAGUGGUUCAUCAGAGAGAAAUGAAGAGAGAGUUGUUACAGUGAGCAUCAGUAAUGUGAGUGUGAGAGAUGCUGGAGUUUACUGGUGUGGAGCAGAAACCAGAGACACAGAUCUGACUUUCAUCUCCCUGAACACUCAAAUUCAGCUCAACCUCAUCAUGCCUCCAGUAGUGAGAGAUGAAGGAGAAUCAGCUGAGAUCAUCUGUCCUUAUGAUUCAAUCUAUAAAUCAAAGCCAAAGUCUCUCUGUAAGGGGAAGUGCUCCACUAGAGACAGAAAUCCUCUCAGUGAGACUGUGAGAGAAGAGAAAGAGACCAAGACUGGCAGAUUGACUCUGAAUGAUGACGUCACUGCAGGUGUCUUCACUGGGACCAUCACUGGACUGACAGCAGAGGAUGCUGGGAAAUACUGGUGUGCAGUGACAUUAGAAACAGAGCUCAAUUAUCUUUACACUCAUCUGAUCGUCAUCAUGAACGAGGAGCUGAACUUGACUAAGUAUGAAGGAGACGACGUGUCAAUCCAGUGCAAACAUCAUGAUGAAGAUCAGAAACGCUUCUGCAAAGCACAUGAAGCCUCCAUGUGUGUGAAGGAUGGAGUUUCAUUGGAGACGAUCAGAGAUGAUCGAUUCUCUUUCAGUGAUGAAGCAUCUACUGGAGUCUUUACUGUGAACAUCACUGAUCUGAGAGAAGAGGAUUCUGGGACAUACUGGUGUGGAGCUCAUGUCAUCACUAAAGUGCUUUUAAAUGUCAAAAAGGAUCCUGGAUCAGCUCAAAUGAACAGACAUGAUGAAUUACCCACAAUCCCCUCUGAUGAGCUCCUGUACACUGCUGUCAGUUUCCAGAAGCAUGAAGAGUCUCUCAGUGAUGCUACAGUCAGAUUCAGUGAGGAGGAGAAUCACUCUGAUUAUGCCAUGAUCAAAUUCACCACAUGA